GGUGAAAACACUUUUCAGCGCAUCAGUAUUCACCCAUAGUUUCAGUUUACUCUUAGCACUAGUGUUCCUGAACUGGUCUUUUUUAACUAUCCACUGAGUUUUCGGUCAUACCACAUCCUGUUCAGUUCGACAGCAAUUUGAACAUGGUAUAUAGUCGUUGUCCUUUGUAAGGUUAUUAGCGGUCCUCUUAGCUUUGGCAGACGGUUGAGCAGAUAUGGUGGACAAGGUGCAGGUGCUGCCGUACUUCUUCGGCAACAUCACGCGAGAGGAGGCGGAGGAGUACCUGCGGCAGGGAGGAGCGGGGGACGGCCUGUACCUGCUGCGCCAGAGCCGCAGCUUCCUCGGCGGGUUCGCUCUGUCGGUGGCCUACGGUCGCCAGCUCUACCACUACACCAUCGAGAGGGAGAUGAACGACACCUACGCCAUCGCUGGCGGCAAAUCUCACAGAAACCCCAUAGAUGUGAUCGACUACCACUCGCAGGAGUCCGACGGGCUCGUCUGCCUGCUGAAGAGGCCCUUCAACCGGCCCCGGGGCACAGAGCCUAAAGUCGGGCCCUUUGAGGACCUGAAAGAACAGCUCAUCCGGCAGUACGUCAAACAAACCUGGAAUUUGCAGGGCUCGGCUCUGGAGCAGGCUAUCAUCAGCCAGAGGCCUCAGCUGGAGAAACUCAUCGCCACAACAGCUCAUGAGAAGAUGCCGUGGUUCCAUGGCAAGAUCGACCGCGAGGACUCAGAGCAGCGGCUGCUCAGGAGCUCACACGUCAACGGCAAAUUCCUAAUUAGGCAAAGAGAAAACAAUGGCAGAAACGUGUCCUAUGCGCUGUGUCUCCUGCAUAAUAACCAUGUCAUGCACUAUCGUAUUGAUAAGGACAAGGCUGGCAAACUCUCCAUUCCUGAUGGGAAGAAGUUCGACACACUUUGGCAGCUGGUAGAACAUUAUACGUACAAGCCUGAUGGCCUGCUCCGAGUGCUAACCGAGACCUGCCCGAGACCAUCACAUAACUCAGAGCCAGGUGCCACAGGUGGGAUUCUCUCCAGAAUCAAAUCAUACUCCUUCCCCAAACCUGGCCAAAAAAAGGUUCAUAUUGAAAAUCCCUAUAACUUUAGAUCAAACAUCAGAGGUGAACUUCCUAAGCCUAAUAUCUUCAACACAGAGGCUAUGCCAAUGGACACACGGGAGUUUGAAAGUCCAUAUGCAGAUCCUGAAGAGCUGCGAUCAACGACAGUGAAUCGGAGCGACCUGACUCUGGAAGAUGGAGAGUUGGGCUCAGGCAACUUCGGCACUGUCCUAAGAGGAGUCUACCAGAUGAAAAAGACACAGAAGGUUGUUGCUGUUAAGAUUCUGAAGAAUGAUGAUAAUAACGCGGCGGUGAAGGAGGAGAUGCUGCGAGAAGCGAACGUCAUGCAGCAGCUGGAUAACCCGUACAUCGUUCGUAUGAUCGGCAUCUGUGAAGCAGAGAACCUCAUGCUGGUUAUGGAGCUCGCUGAGCUGGGGCCGCUGCACAAGUUCCUCCAGAAGAACAAACACAUCUCUAUGAAGAACAUCACAGAGCUGGUUCAUCAGGUCUCUAUGGGAAUGAAAUAUCUGGAAGAGCACAACUUUGUUCACAGAGAUCUUGCAGCGAGGAACGUGCUUUUAGUCACUCAGCACUAUGCAAAAAUCAGCGACUUUGGACUCUCUAAAGCCCUGACAGAAGAAGAGAACUAUUACAAG